AUGGGCAGUCAUUUCCGCAGCUACAUCUGGGACCCGGUCCUCAUCUUGUCCCAGAUUGUGUUGAUGCAAUGCAUUUACUACAGCUUUCUGGGUCUGUGGCUGGCUGGAGUGGACAGUCUCGUACAAACCAACAGAUCGCUGGACCAGAUCUUCAGUUAUGAGGUGAGUCCUCCUGGAAUGUGUCCUAACUGGUUUCCUAUUUAUUGUCUGUUGAGUUGACAAUGGACUGAUUCACAACAUGGCUCUAUGCUUGCAGGUUCUUGGUUUUGCAACAAUGCAGGGCAGACUCUCAAUGAUGGCAUUCAUCUUGAACUCGCUUACCAGGUAAGUGAAUGGGCCUAAAAGCCGAUUUAUGCUUGAUUUGGAAAUGAAGUACGGAGUCUCCGUACGUGUGACGCAAUUGGGAGCCUCCGUGGGACUGCGGAGGCCAAAUCAAGCUCUGUAUGGCGAUGCCGUGCACCUCCCAAAUGUUGUAACAAUGCGAAGGUCUCCGUAUAGCUCCACAUUGACAUGAUUGGUUGAUGGUAGGUGGGGGCGGUAUGUCGUGUAUAAACACAAACUUCCUUCCUUGACAACAGCUCUUCUCCUCGAAGUGCAAGAAGUAUGAAUGCCCUGACUUCUGCAGAGGCCGUGUUGUCCACCCACUCUGGGUGAAAGCGCGAUUUGGUGAUGACAUUUCAAUUCCUUAAGUUGUAAAAUAAAUUUUAUGAUUAUUCAUGUUCUGAAUUGUUCAGUGGAGUCCUUCUCUAACAUAUCAUUAACAUUGUACCCAAAAAGUCAGAUUUCGUAACCUAAUACAUCCGAUAAUAAGCACCGAGCUCAGUUGACAGAGCGGUGCGCUUUCUCGCAGGGACUUUUGAGGAUUUUACAUGUUGUUGUGAUCGUCUGUAAAGUUGUUUCCGCUGGUCGCAAAAAGCUAAAUUAGUAUGACCCGAACUGAAUUAAAUGUAAAAGGCUUUGAAAUUUAAAAAAAACUUGCGGUGCUUCGAUUUUGUGAGAAAUCUUCGAAAAAGAACAGGAAUUUCGCAUUAAUAUGAAAAGCGUCUACUAAAAUAUGAAAAUACUAAAUGUCAUGUGUCAAAAUAGAUAUCUCUUACCUCUGUAUUGUUUUACCUCCUCCGGAUUUGACAAGAAAUAUGAAUUCAACUGUGAGCCUGUCAGUUUAGCCUUAAUUCUCGCACAGCGUCCAGCCUAGCUGACGCAAUGCUAUUUUCCAGAUUUUGGACCAUUUAUUUGUCGUCUCAAUUGAUUUAGUCACCUUAAUCCUGGCCAUCCUACAAGGGUAAAAAUUCCAAUAACUUUUUUAACAGAUUAUGAUAGAGACAUGAGGUUUGGACCAUUUGGAGUAUCUACACAAUUAACACAUUAUUUUACCCAUUUGUCAAAAUAUGCGUUUUUGAUUUGAGUCCCUAGCCUAAAUCUGAGUGCUACAUGUUCACUCAACACUGGUAUGAAGAAGUCCAGUCAUAUACCAUUGAUGAAAGGCUGGCUUGUUAUGAGGUCAAUAAUCCAUUAUGCUCUAUAAUGGACUAAAAUCUUAAAGGGAUACUUUAUCUACUUCCCCAGAGUCAGAUGAACUUGUGGAUACCAUUUUUAUGUCUCUGCAUGCAGUUUGAAGGAAGUUUGCUAACUAGCGCUAGAGCAAUUGUUAACUAGUGUUAGCACAAUGACUGGAAGCAUGCUACUACAUACCAUAGACUUCCAGUCAUUGCACUAACACUAGAUAGCAUUGGCUCGCAAAACUACCUCUAACUUCCUUCACACUGGACACAGAGACAUACAAAUGGUAUCCACAAGUUAAUCUGACUGGGGCCUCAUUGUCAAAAUCCUGAAGUAUUGGUAAUUUUACCAAACUGAGCUAUGAAUUAAAUACUUUUUUACAUUUACACACAUACUUUAAUUGAAAGACCAACCUGUUUUGAGGCAUGUUGUCCUUCAUCGUGCAUCUGUCUCCCUGUUUCGUUAGUGCCAUGGGCCUGUGGUUCUUCAUCCGUCGAGGGAAGCAGUGUCUGGACUUCACCAUCACUGUGCACUUCUUCCACAUGAUAGGCUGUUGGAUCUACAACGCCCACCUCCCGGCGGCCUUGUCCUGGUGGCUGGUCAACGUGGCCUGCAUGGCUCUGAUGGCCGUGAUUGGAGAGUACCUGUGCAUGCGGACUGAGCUCAGGGCCAUCCCAGUCAACAGUGGACCUAAGUCUAACCUCUGACCUGACCCCACUCUGUGACACUGGCUUACUCCCUGUGAACUGUUCACCUACAGUUAUCUGUCCAGUAUGAUGUGGGGUAUGACAUUUGUGCCCAAAGACUUGGUGGGACUGGGUAACACAGUAGUUGUAUCUAGAGACAGAGAUGCUUAGCGUUGGAAGAUUGCACACCUCUCAAUGGCUUCAAGGACUUGGAGAUGGACUGAAGUGGUUCUGGUUGCUGUAUUUAUUUGUAAAGAUGUACUACACAUCUAACAGUGAAUGCUAACUUCUUCCUUGACCCACUGACUAAGAUACCACUUUCUUUGAGACAGUUUGAAGCAGAGUUUAGUUUAAAGUGUUACAAAGAUAUGAAUGGUUUCAUAAUUGUAUUAAAUUGUGAUAUUAUCACAUGAUGAAUGUAGAGAAGUGGUUGUAUGAAAAUGUAUGCACUCACUCUGGAUAAGAGCGUCUGCUAAAUGACUAAAAUGUAAAAAUGUUAAAUGUUGUCAUGCACAUGCUUUUCGGUUAUGUCCU